ACAGCGGGAGAGAGAGGCUGGACAGAGUCGUGGGGCACAGAGAGGUAUGGAGAGAGGGAUGCUGAGACCAGGGGACAGUAAGACCCAGAGAGAGGGCUAAGGAACAGGGUGAGAGGUAGUGAGAGUCCACAGGAAGAGGGAACUGAAAGGAACACGGAACUGAGAGGGGACAGGAGACAAGGAGGACCUGUGGGUCACAGAGCCAGUCAGCCAUGCUGGGAGCCAAGCGACACUGGCCACCAGGUCUCCUAUCCAGCCCCCGGCUGCCCUUGGCCCUGAUGCUUCUGGUCCUAGGGUGCGGGUGGGCCCAAGAGGGGACAGAGCCUGUCCUCCUGGAGGGUGAGUGCCUGGUGGUCUGUGAGCCUGGCCGAGCUGCUGCAGGGGGCCCUGGGGGAGCAGCCCUAGGAGAAGCACCCCCCGGAAGAGUGGCAUUUGCCGCAGUCCGAAGCCACCACCAUGAGCCAGCAGGAGAGAUCAGCAAUGGCACCAGUGGGGCCAUCUACUUUGACCAGGUCCUGGUAAAUGAGGGUGGUGGCUUUGACCGGGCCUCAGGCUCCUUCGUGGCCCCUGUCCGUGGUGUCUAUAGCUUCCGAUUCCAUGUGGUGAAGGUGUACAACCGCCAAACAGUCCAGGUAAGCCUGAUGCUGAACACAUGGCCUGUCAUCUCAGCCUUUGCCAACGACCCUGACGUGACUCGAGAGGCAGCCACCAGCUCUGUGUUACUGCCCCUGGACCCGGGGGACCGGGUGUCCCUACGCCUGCGCCGGGGGAACCUGCUGGGUGGCUGGAAAUAUUCAAGCUUCUCUGGCUUCCUCAUUUUCCCACUCUAGAGGUUCAAGCCUUUCAAGGAUCGGACUCUAACCCCUGCCUUCUGCCCUCUGCCCUCUGCCCUCUCUUGCCCCAGAAGCAGCUUCUUUGGGGGUAGGAGAAGGGCUCCCUCUGUCUGCCUGUAUUCUACUUUCUUGCAUGGGACCCUGUGCCUAACGCCCAAGGUGAAGAGUGAAGAGUAGAGCUGCGGUGUCUGAGGAUCUGGCCCCUCGGACCUCUCCUCCCACCCCCAGUCUCCCACUGCAGCGCUUUGUACCCACAGGGUUUGCCAGGUAGGGAGACCUGUGCUGCUUUGCAGACUCUGCUCGUCCUGUUCCUCCACCCCCAGCUCUCCACUCAGUGCUAUUAGGGACAGGUGGCCCAGGUGAGCCUGACAGGCCCCCACUGCGGCCCAGAUGGACCAGCCUCAGUGUACCCCGCAGGCUUCUUCCUAUGAGGUGUGCCAGCAUCACGGAUCUUGGCCAGCACAAUCAGAAGCUGAGCCAGCAUCAUGUGGGCUAGGGCAGGAGGCUUAGCCACCAGCAGAAGUGUGGGGAGGACCAUAGCGUGGCCUGGAACCUAUGGCUGGUGGGGCAGGAAAGGCAUGUGCCCAGCCUGAAAAGGAUAUAUGUGUUUCAUUUACAUGGGGGCAGCCAGCAGGCAGUGAACCUGGGUAUCCAUCUGGGCCAGGUCCCGGAUGGACUCUGGCCCUCCCCUCCCCAUCCAAAAUAUGGAGUGUAUGUGUUCGCUCUAGCCAAGAGUCGGUGUACUGAACUUCCUUAGACGGCUGGAGGUAGGGGUAGAAAGUCACAUGUGAGCAAGUGUAGAUCUCCAGGCAUGGAAUGUGCCAAUGACAAGGCCACCUCCUAGAACGGCUCUACCUUUGCCAUCUGAACUUCAAGCACUCUACACUCUGACCGUCACCUCCUGGCUGUCUCAGCGACCUUCCUGUAGCUGUUCCAGAUGAUCCCUCGGCCUCUCUUCUUUCUCCUGAUUUGUGCUCUCUUGUCCUCCUUUCUUAAACUUCCUCUUGUCUUGGAUGCUAUGAUUUAUCCCUUCAACCACUCUCCUGCGGAUAUUAUGAAAUCUCUCUGUCUUACCGUGCUAUCCCAUUCUCCCAGCAUGGAUGAACCUAUCCAUAAAGCAACUGGAGAAUGAUGGUCAAUGAGAAACUGCAGGAUCCCUGAAGAGACAAGAUGCCAUUACGAUUUGGAUCAGGGGUUACAGGCUACAAGCAGGUAUGUGGUUGAGAAGAUAAAUGUAAGAUUGUAUAUUCAAGUUAAAUAAAAAAGGAUGUUGGCAAUGCUUGACUUAAAUAGGAAAUACCGAUGUGAAUUUGCGGUUUUCAAAAGAAAUAACUUAUUCAAAUGUUGUCAUGAAUGUAGCCUAGA